AUGAGGGAGCCCUCGACAACCGUAGCCGAUACCGCAUCAUGGUAUUGUGCGAUAAUCUUAUUAGGUUUAAUCUUGUUUGCUACUGUGAGGGACAGUUCACUCGCAGAUGCAGGAGUUCUGAGACGUAACCAGCUCGUGGACAAGCCGUGUGACGAGAUUUAUGUGGUCAGAGAGGGCGAGACUCUCCACACCAUCAGCGAGAAGUGCGACGACCCGUUCAUCGUUGAGCGCAACCCUCAUAUCCAUGAUCCCGAUGACGUCUUUCCCGGACUGGUCAUCAAGAUCAUCUCUCCCUCAAACUCGAGGAAGUUAUUGAGGCAGUGA